CCCUGCGGCCUCGGGCAAAGGAAGACCGGCCGCGCCAUGGCGAGCUCAGCGUCGUCCUCUGUGCGGGCGCCGCGGCCCAAGAAGGAGCCGCAGCCGCUCGUCAUCCCCAAGAACGCGGCCGAGGAGCAGCGGCUCAAGCUGGAGCGGCUCAUGAAGAACCCGGACAAGACCGUUCCUAUUCCAGAAAAAAUUAAUGAAUGGGCUCCAAGACCUCCUCCCGAAUUUGUCAGAGAUGUUAUGGGUUCGAGUGCUGGUGCUGGCAGUGGGGAGUUUCAUGUCUACAGACAUCUUCGGCGCAGGGAAUAUCAGAGACAGGACUUCAUGGACGCCAUGGCUGAGAAGCAAAAAAUGGAUGCAGAGUUCCAGGAGAGGCUGCAGAGGAAUAAAGUGACAGCCGAGGAGCAGACUGCAAAACGCCGGAAGAAGCGUCAGAAGCUGAAAGAGAAGAAGUUACUGGCUAAGAAGGCGAAACAGGAGCAGCAGAAGAAGGAAGGCUCUGACCAUUCUCAAGAACAUCCAUCUAGUGACAGUGAAGAAGAGGCAGAGGAAGAGGACCAGCCCAGCUUUGUGGUGGGGAGAUGAUGAUGGCGACAGCGGCAGUGAAGGGCAGACGUGUGUGCCCCUGGCUUUGUGAUCCAGAGCCCAGGAAAUCUGGAACAGCCCCGGGUGCAGAUGGCUGGGUGUCCUGUCCUCUUUAGGCCAGGGGGCUUGGUAGAGACACAUCUAACAGGAUCCCACUCUGAACUGGUCACAGCAUGGCCAUUCACUGACCGAGCAUGGACUGGAUCAGUAUUUGUUCCUAAAACUUGAGGGUUGCUUACAAACGGGGGGCAUCCCAAGGAUCUCUGAAGCAGGGUCCUCCCUGAUACCAAGGGAGCUACAUGAACUGAAGCUAAAUGACUUCCUGCUGUAGGGGCAUAUUUCCAGGCAUCUGAACAAUGACGGGGCUUGGAGGCCAGUUUCUCUUGUAAAACUUUUCAUUUGGUAAAGGGCAGAAAGUCUGUGGGCUUUGUUUGGGCAUAAUAAAAAAAUGAAGACCAAAGUAGUGCCCAGACCACGCCUGGACAAGGCUGGUACGGACAGCUCUCCCAAGCACUGGGAUAGAAGCUGGUUGAUGCUCAUUUGAGCAGUGGCUCUUUCAGCUGAUAGAGAGAUGGGGAAGAUGACUUUCUAGCAAAGGAUGCCGAUUUUCUCCCAUACCCCCGUGCCCACUGCUGCUCCCCCAAGUUACUGGGGACCAGCAAGUCACCCAGACAAUUAGUUCUUAGGGAUUGAUGAACGUGCUCGGAUAGGACGUUUGGGUGUUGCAAUGUUUUUUAAAAAUCUCAAAUAUUUUGCAUUUUAAUUGGAAACAAGCCCAAUUAUGACAGCCUUUAAUAAUUCAAGUGUGAAUUGUGAAUCCCUAAUUGAGGAUAUGAAAAUAGGGCACCGCUAAAUGCUGCAUGGGGGUGGGAGUGUGUGUGUAUGGAAUCCAGCUGGAUUGACUUGGGGGAUGGGGCGGCCUGGGGCUGUUGGGCUGCAGAGGCUUUUUAGAAAAUGGUUUCUAGUGGAGACAGGAAUGUAGUAGAUGGGGCUGAAUGGCUUCAUCUAAGAUCUGGAGCAGUGCGAUGUUCCCCCUUUGAAAAAGAUCCCCCUGUGCCAGGCUCCCAGCAGCUUCAGCCAGGAACCAGGCUGGAGACCAGAGAGCAGAGAAGGCAGAAAGUAGGCUAAGACUAGAGGGAGGGAGCAGCAGGGAUGGAGAGCUGGAAGGGCCAGGCCCCAGAGGCUGGGCCAGUGGGGCCACCUGGAAACGGAGCAUGAGGGGAACCCUCCUCUUACUGGGCUGGGGUUGGGGAACAGCCUGUAUGGGAAAAGUGAAGCCAGUUCCCCUUUUCCUCCCUCCCUAAGCACAAACACUCACCUGGGCCCUGACGCCCAUGGGACCUUUGGAAGGAUUUAUGGGCAGGCCUGGGGCGGGUGCAGGGCCAGUCAUUCUGUCACUGUUGUUUGCCAAGCGCCCCCUGGCCGGAGUUUGGAAACUCAUUUUUCUCUUGUCAUGGUCUGUUCUUUUUUUUUUUUUCUUCUGUUGUCCUUGGGUUGUUCUGCACUAAAAUGAAUGAACUCUUGUUUUUCGUGGGUCUGUCACAGGCUUUACCGACCUGAGCUUGAUCUGUGGCUCCUCUGGGAGACUCUUCAUCCCAGCAUCCAUCACUCCACAAGCAUUUAUUAGGUGCCUUCUGUCGGCCAGGCACAGGGCUGUCCUCGGAUGACAUUCAGGGCCCUGUGGUUUAGCACCGUAGUGAAGACAUUAUUGGCCCUUGGCAGUGGCCCCGGUUGCCCUGCCUUUUGGUCUCCUACACAAACAUUGAAGGAGUACUUUGCUUUGAGACACUGUUAGCAAGUCCAAGCCCGCUCUUCCUUGAUUGCCAAACAGGGAAAUGUGUUACACGAGGAUUCUUGGCCAUCCAGGGAGGUUCAGGUAGGGUUUUUUCAUUGGAGUCAGCAGCCUCUUGAAGAGAGUUGCCCUGUGAGAUCCCACUGAUCCCUGGGGAAGUCUGGCUUCAGAAGUAGUUAGAAUAGUCAGCCAGAGGCAAGGGGUGUGUCUGGGUGUGGUCCAGUCCGGAUGACAGCCUGCCUGCCUGCCUGCACAAAGGGAAAGGCCUGGCCUGGGGCCCAUCCCCUGCCAGUCCCUGUUAAGAGUCUUGCUAAAUCAGAUCUCUGUGCACCUUUGGGAAGGGCUCCCUGGGCAAAGUAACUCCCCCCAGACCCCUCCCCCCCCAGUUGCUGCUUUCCCCUGGCAUGAAAGGUUCUGUUGCCCCAGGGUGGGACCCCAGUGUCCUGACCUCAGUCAGCCAGCUGGCAAGUUUGGGGAUAUUCGAAAGCAGCCGAGGAGACACCGAAAAUCAGAAACAAAACCCUUGCUUGGGUUGGUUGAUGCUUUGUUUUUGCAGGUCUGCUCCUCUGGUUCUGAUGUUUCUCUUUGAAAAACUAAGAUUUCUGAAUCCAGAAUAUUCUGUGGGGUUGGGGAGUGGGACACUAUACUGUCUUGCAUGCUGUUUGCAUGCUGCCUCUGCUCCAGGCCUUGAGAAUGGUCUCACCCAGGGGCAACAGCGAUGUCUUUCAUGUCCCUCAGGAAAGGAUCCAUCUCAUCAGGCCAUUUUCUUUAGGUCCUUGGUUCUCAACAUAUAGUCCAAGAUGCUUGAGAGACCCUUCCAGGGGGCCCACGAGAUCAAAACUCUUUUUCUGAUAAUACUAAGAUAUUUUAAGUUCUAACGUCGUCAAUAUGAAUAGCUCGAAUCUGCAUAAACUGAAGCUCUUUGGGGUCCUCAAUUCUGAAGUGUCAAGGGGCCCUGAGACCCACUUGUGCUUAAUGAUGUUGACCAAGAAACCUGAUAGGAGGGAGUUGGGAUGACUUCUGUGUAUGUCACAUGCUCCCUGUCCUGCCUUCUGUGAUACGGGGAGCUUCAGUUCUCUCACUUCCUUGCACAAUAAUUGUUCCUUUCUACAUUAGGACAGGAAGUCCCUGUUUGUUUUUCCAUCCCUUGAGCAAUGUGGAUGUUUAGAAAAGUGUGUACAUGUGGCUAAGCAGCGUUUAAAUUGGAUCCAUCUGUUAAAUUGUUAUUUAACUGUUAACUUGAGGAGAGUUCCGUUGUCUCUCUUGUCUUCUUCCCACAUGGCUUAGGUUGAGAGGGGAUGAGACCCUUCCCCCACACAGGCCUCAAUUGCCCCAAGAGGCCUGUCCAACAGGGAAUGGCCUUGACUAGGGAUCAGGACGUUAGGGUGCUGCCUCGAGCUCAGCCAGUUUCUUCUCUGUCCCCAGUUCCAUGGCCUCUGUCUCUUUGCCAAAGACGUUUCAGGAUUCCUGAGUCAUCUCGGUUCCCUGGAGGCCUCAGUGGAGGGAAUGAAAAGGUACAGGGGCAAGAGGUUGGCUCCUUCCCGGGGUCCGGUUUCUGAACCCUCCCCAGACCUUUAAGUCAAAAGUUCUAGUGCCACCCUGUCCCCAUCCUCCUCUGCUGACUUGGUUCCCAGUAACUGGAAACCACCAAUCACAGAAACUGGAAACUCACAGCACUCCCUGUGGCAGGCAGGGUCGAUAUUUUUGUGCCCAUCUUGGAGAGAAUGCCACUAAAGGCCUGCAAGACCACAUUAUGUACCAGGCUCCCAAAGGCUGUGCCUUUGGGCCCAGUGAAGCUGCAGAGGUGGAGUUUGGUCUGUUAAUGGACUACGUGCAUGUGUCUGGCAUCCUAGGGCCAGGCUAGCUUCAUCCCAAGAAGCUCAUCAUGAGGUUAUCUGCAGUGGUUCAUUUUUCAGCCACAGCAAUUCUUGUACUGAGGGUUGUAAUCUGAAUAGGUGGAGGGACUGCCCCCACCCACAGCAUCACAGAUUCUCAAAGUAGUGUAAUAAUUCAUAGAAUUCCUGGCCAUUCAGCCUUCUCCUCAUAGUUGUCUCCAAGAAAUACUCUGAACUUUGUCUAAGUCUACAAAUAUUUAUUAAGCACCUUAGGUACUAGGGACUUAAAGGCAAAAAUGGAAACACACCAAGUAAAUUCCAGGAAACUUGGUAGGGGUGAGAGAGUGUCACCAACAACUGGGGGCACCUGGAAAGACUAAUAGGGUGGGGGGAGCUAGAGGCCCUGACAGGUAGAGAGCAGAGGCAAGUGCCCCCAGACCUAGGGCAAAGACAGACGAGAAACAAACUGCAUGUUCUGUGAGGGCAACCAGUCCAGCUUGGCAGGAAUAAAGUUUAAUUGUCUAGAAAGGUUAUGAAGGCUUUAAAUGCCAACAGAGGCUGCUGGACUCUACCGGGGCACUUGUGAUUUGUGAAUUCAUUGUACAAAUCAAAGAGGAGGAGGGGAGCUCAGUACAAAAACACUAUUUGAACCUGCCCGGGAAAAGAGGCUUACACAGGGCCAUGGUUCAGGUUCUCAGUAGUAGGAGCAGAGUCUGAUUUGUUUUUUUCACUAUUGUUAUUGAUGCCUUUUGUUUCUACAUCAGUGAUUUACAAAUAUACCCUCCCCAAGAUGAGUCAU